CCUCCUCCCCCAGGGGGCUUCAUCAGCUUCAACGGCUCGUGGCGGGUGCAGGGCAUCCUGGCCAUGUCCCGUUCCCUCGGCGACUACCCGCUGAAGCACCUCAACGUGGUCAUCCCCGACCCCGACAUCAUGACCUUUGACCUGGACCAGCAGCAGCCGGGCUUCAUGAUCCUGGCGUCGGACGGGCUGUGGGACGCCUUCAGCAACGAGGAGGCGGUGCGCUUCAUCAGGGAGCGGCUGGACGAGCCGCACUUCGGCGCCAAGAGCCUGGUGCUGCAGUCCUUCUACCGCGGCUGCCCCGACAACAUCACCGUCAUGGUGGUCAAGUUCAAAGGCAGGGCGCCCGACAAGUAGCAGAGGACCAGUCCGUGUUCUACACACACACACACACAUGCACACAUAUGCACACAUGCACACACGCACACACGCACACACACACACACACACACACACACAUACACACACACACACACACACACACAUACACACACAUACAUACAUACAUACAUACAUACAUACAUACAUACAUACAUACAUACAUACAUGCACGGGCAAACACACAUACAUAUAUAUACCAUACAUAUAGAUAUAGAUAUAUAUAGUUAUAUAUAGAUAUAUAAUAUGUACGUAUAUACAGUAUACAUACAUACAUGCAUACAUACAUACAUACAUACAUACAUACAUACAAUCAUAUGUGCAUACAUUUUAUAUAUAUAUAAAUAUAUACUUAUAUAUACAUAUCUAUACAUACAUACAUACAUACAUACAUACAUACACAUAUAUAUAUAUAUAUACAUAUAUAUGUCUCUAGAUAUACAUGUAAAUAUAUACAUACAUACAUACAUACAUACAUACAUACAUACAUACAUACAUACAUACAUACAUGUUUAAAGAUAUAGAUAUCAAUGAAUGAAAAACAGCCUGUAUCUUUGGCAGCAAAGUAUUUGUAAUGAAAACAUCACCGAAAUAACUGUACAGAAAUGAAUCUCUACCACCAGAAUCUUUAUUUAGAAUUUCUUUAUUUUUUAAUAUUCGUUAAGUACAGGUUACUGUCAAGAUUGUAACAAAUCAGUUAUCAUUUAGUGUUAUCAUAUAUAUAUAUAUAUAUAUAUAUAUAUAUAUAUAUUUAUACAUACCAGAUGUGGCUAAUAUUGAUCUGAACCAUAUGAGGGUCUGACAUUUAUGAAAAACGGAUGACUUGUUGAUCACCUGUGGUAACCCUGCCGAUCACUAACAACAUUACCCUAGCUAGACUUUAUAAUCUUUCUUGCCGAUAGAUUAUUAACUACAAAUUCAUAACCCGCUGGCUGGUGGUCUGAGUGUAUCAUUUUAUCAACGGCAUUGCAUAAUGCACAUGACAUUGACUAACCUGAUUUCAUAGUUUGUUCAUUUACAAUCUUAAUGUCUCCAACUUGUAUGAAACAAAACAGCUAUACUGAAAACACACACGUUUGUCACUAUGUCCUUCAUCCUCAAGCCAUGAAGAUCAUAUCAUCCGAUCGCUUAGAUAAAAAUCUACGUUGUAAUUGCUCGGCAAAUGAAUGAGUUGAUUUAUCUAUUGACCAUUUGAGAAUGUUUGGUUUUGACUGAAAUUGUUAUUUAUUUGAUUUGUUCAUGUUUAUUUGUUUCCCUGUUCUGAACAGUCAAGGUCUACUUCAGGAAACUAUUUCACUUGAUCAAAAAUAUCCAUAUAAUAUCUCAAUAAAUAAAACAGUAGUCUUGGGUCAAUCUGCAAAACAUAGAAACACGCCUUUGAAUUAAAUAUGUACAUGUUGCCUUAUUUUGUAAAGUGUUUGUCUUUUCAGUUAUCAAGCCCGCUGGCAAAGCAAAGGGUUUGAGUCGUUGAUGUAAUGCAGUUUACUGUCCCAUCCGCAUCAUGCAUCGUGAAUGUCUCGCUGUUAUGACCGACUACACGUCCUGCAUUGAAGAGUCUCUGAGAGACAGGAAUAUCGUAACAUGAAUGUAUAUAAUAACCCCUUGUUCGUAACACCUAUUCGUUUUUUUCAGCGAUGACUAAAGUGAUGCACCGUCCCUAAAAAUAAAUAUUUACUAGUAUAAACUGUUUGUGAUUUUUCUGUUUUAAUUCCUUUCUAAAUAAUGUAACACGGAAGAAUGCUACAGUGGAGUUUGUACUUGUUUUUCCUGACUUUAAUAAAUUGUUGAAAAAAAGGAAAGAUUUUCGAAGUGUUAAUCAAACGGUUGACAUUAAACUUGAUCAAACAGUU